AUGCAAUCCGUGGUCCAGCCUGCAAAGCCACGUCACGUGCACCCCAUCUGCACCCACUGCACCCGACUUGCAACAUGCUACUACGUGAGACAGCACCACACGCGCGCGCACAUAUACACAGACAGCGACACCAUCCGGGGCCACGGCAGCCCGCAGUGCAAGGGGUGCCAGCAGGUCAGCGUGCCACUCGUGCUCGUCGCCCGUCGCUCCUACCGUCAUGAUGCUUUUGCAACUCCUCCCACACAGGCGAAAAGCAACGAGGCCGGCCCGCUAGUCGCAUCUCGAAACGUGGUCCACUACGCGUCCCCCGGCUAUGUCUGUCCAUGGCUCCCGCCUUCCUGCCUCUCCAACUCGCCAUACCUGCUCAUGAGAUCGUCGCUUGCUCAUAAGACCCUCGCCUGCUUCGGCCUCACCCAUGUGCACCUACCUUCCCGGCCUGCCUCCUCGCGUUUCCCUUACAGUGGUUGUUUCCAGUAUGCUUGGACCAGCUGUCUGGCCUCUCUGCUCUUCACUUGUCUCUCCCCAGGCCACCGUCGUUGGAUGCAGUAG